GAAGAGGCCCGGGGGGCUGGGUGACUGGGCGAGAAGGUUUGGUGGCGAGUCUAUCCAGGAGCACGUCGCAGUCCCAGAACUCGGGAGACGCCGGAACGAACUGAAGGACUUGGGAUUCCCGGAACCGUCACCGCCGCCGCCGCUGCUCCUGUUUCAGCCGCUACGGACGUCACUGUCCCCACCUCCGAGAACGCGGCCCUGCGAGGCCUCCAGGCCUAGGCGCAGCCCGCGGAGCCAGACGUGUUGCUGCCGUGAGUAAAACGAGCGCCCUCUCCACGAUCGCUUAACGAAUUAAAAUGGAGGAAAUUUCGCUGGCUAACCUGGAUACUAACAAGCUGGAGGCCAUCGCGCAGGAGAUAUACGUAGACCUGAUAGAGGAUUCUUGUCUGGGAUUCUGCUUUGAGGUACACCGGGCGGUCAAGUGUGGCUACUUCUACCUGGAGUUCGCGGACACUGGUAGCGUGAAGGAUUUUGGCAUUCAGCCGGUGGAAGACAAAGGCGCAUGCCGCCUUCCCCUCUGCUCUCUUCCUGCAGAGCCUGGGAAUGGGCCUGAUCAAGAGCUGCAGCGCUCACCCCCAGAAUUCCAGUAGCUGCAACAUGAUAGAGGCUGAGAGUGACCAAGACAACAACAUAGACUGGUCCUGUGGCUUGGAGGAAUGAGCUAAGUAAUUACAAAAAGGUUUAAAAAAAAAAAAAAAAAGACAAAUGUCAAUUCCUAAUUCCCUUUGAAGACCCUAGCAUUUUAAAACCCAAAGUGGAGAAUUUAGGGAUUAAGAUCCUUUUGUAAGUGUAUCACCUGGGGUCAGAUCUAAAACCCUGGGCCGGAGAAGCUUCACCGGCUGCAUAUUCAUCUCUAGACACACCAGGAUGUGUUCAAGGCCCCAAAGUGCCCCCAGUGUACAGGAGAGCAGUUGUGUGCCCAGUGUAUAAAAAUCCUUUGGUUCCUCAGCCUUUCUCCCUGUCUGAUGUCAAGGGCCUCCUGGACAAUUUGGACAUUACUCUUGGUCAGGCCAUGAUGGAUGGCCUACAUUGGGACUGCUCCUUUGAUCUCUGAGCCUUUGAUUUGGGUUUCUCUGAGAUAAAUGAAAGUCAGGUGUGCACUCUGGAUAGUAGCAAUUUCAACUCGGGAAAACCAAGAAAAAGAAUUCUCAAUCAAAUUUGGUAGGAGUGUUCUGUGGCCUUGACUCCAACAAGAAGAAAAGGUGAAAAUCACCUGUUUCCCAAGGGUGCAGCAGUUACAAUGAUUUCAACCCACUUGGGGACAAGGCCUAGCCUUUGGAUUAGCACAGCGGUCUUGCUUGCCUGGUGGCAUAGGCUUGGCAAAUGGACAAUUUAGUUGUCCAAAUAUGCUGAGGAUUCAGUUAUGAUCCCCUAGGGAGGUAGCAGGGACCUCUACAACUAUGCACGAUCUUUCAAACUGCAAGAUUCAUAUCUGGAUGUAUUUCUCUGUGGACACAAGUUUUGUUGGGGCAUUUAUUAACUACUAUUGAGUUACUGGUUACCUUGCCAGUCCUUGGGUGUGACUGGUCAUUAUAACAGGUAAUGACCUGCCUCCCCACCCCAGGGCGGUACUGAACUAUACCAGAGCGUCAUGGCUGUGCAGGUGGCUAUUUUAAACACUGAGCCCAGAGGGGAUCUUUUCCAGCUACCCUCAAUAAGAUGAAUGGGUUACUUCUAGGAGUCAAGGAACAGAAAUGGGUCCUCUCUCAUCUGUGUGCAGAAUCCUGUUAAAUGCCCCUGUUCCUCUGAUUGGGCGGUUGGAACCUGGCUAUAGUGAACAUAUAGGUUGUCACCACCUUCUCUGUCCCUUACAAGGGGCAAAAUUUUCCACUCAACCCCCUUGGAUCUUUUUGUUGUUGGAAGUCAGGGAAAGACCUCCAGAAUUUCCUGGCUUCAGGGACUAGGUUAGGGGAGGAUGGGAAGUAAGAGCCACAUAUCAAAACUACCCUCCAUUUUAUUCCCUGAAUGAGGGUUUAUGAAGCAUAAAGGGGUGAGCAAGAACGGUGCUGCUUUAUUUGAAAUGUUUUCUUACCUCAUUCUGUGCUCCAAUAAGGGUCCUAGCCUCAUGUGUCUGGCUUGGCCCCAUGUUCCUCCUGUCCCCUGCUCCACUGCCUAUCUGGUGCUGCUUGCCGCUCCAGCUUUCAUAUUUACCAGUUUCAAAUCAUCUCUCUUAAUGCUCCCCUUCUGAAGCCUGCCCAAUUUCCUUUUUCUUGGCCUAUUUUUAAGAUUUUUGGUUUGUUUUGUUUGGGGGGUUUUCCUGUUUUUGUGGAGGACUCAGAGGAAAAUCUUACAGCUUUCUCUGUUGGGAUUGGAAUUGCAAGAGAACUUAAUUUUUUGUAUUUAAAAGGCAGUAUCAUACCUUAGCAUUUCUCUUAUAUAGGACUGCCUUGCUAGUAUGUCCUCCUGCUGUGUCUUCAUGAGUUCUGUCUUCCCACCUUUUCUUGGAUACUGCCUCUUAGGACCUAAGUAGAAGAGCAGUAAAGGCUGGUGGACACGCAUGGAUGGAGUUGGUCCUUAUCCAUUCUCUAACCCUUGUUCUGCGUGUAUUCUUCAUUAUCCCAGAAAGAACUAAAGACUGUGUAGAAUUAACUGGGUCACAUACUUAGAGAAUUAAAGAAAUAGAAAGUGGGCUUUGAGACUAUUAUUACCUUCUCCCUGUAUUGUCUUCAUCAGGAUUGGGCCCUAGUUACAGAUUGAUCUUUAAUCAAAGAAUUGUGAUAACUUGAAAAAUCAAAGUUUACAGGAGCUAAAAUAAUUUUGGUCUUUCUUUGCUCUUGACUUUUGGCUAGACAGAGGGAGAAGGUAAGGGUCCUAAUGACACUCUGGCUUACUUCCAAACAUUAUAUUGAAAGCAGGAUGAAGGUAAGGAGAAAGGCCGUGCAUGGUCCAAUUACUCUUCCUUCUGAUAGGGAACUCAGAUCAUUAUGUUACUAUUUUCUUUUGGUCUUUGAUCGUGACUAGAAGAGGAAGAAGUGGGAAGUAAUGGUUUGGGGUAAUGGUUCAUAUCGCAUCCUUUUUGGGCUUUUUUCUCCCCUCUACCAAAAGGGCAGUAACCUCUCUGAAUGAGUAUAAGGUGGGCUUGGUCUAACAGGUCCCCUGAGGAAACAAACUCCUUUUAUACUCCCUCCCAUAUAGUUGACAGUGGUUAGGAACUCUCCUUUUCCCUAGCUACCCUCCCUUUAACUGCAGAAUUCCUGUUCUCUCCUUGAGUAAGUGUAUUGAUCACCUUGUAAUCCUAUUAUGUAACUGUGUGUAUGUGUGUGUGUGUGUGUGUGUUAUGGGGAAAAGGGGUUCUUUAAAAUUUUCUGUGGUUUGUGGCUUUUUCUUCCAUAUAUUAGUUUCUGCCACUGCAUGCCCAGGGACCACUGCCUGGCAUUAUCGCAUGCUGGGAUCAUGGGGGGAGGGUAGUGAAGCUCACCACUGUCCUUUGUUUUGGAGAUUCUUAUUUUUGCAUAAGUAGUCCAUUCUAUACAGAUAGCUGAUUAACUAUAUUCCCCUUGCCCCUAUGGCUGCUGGUGUAAAUAAACUACAUCUCCCCAUUGGUAAACAAUAAUAAAAUUUU